AUGUGUAUAUUAUUAGGAUAUAGAAACACAUUGUUAAGUGUAUUUAUAUUAGUAAGUGUGGUACUAUUGACUAAUGCAGCAAGAGGUAGACAGCGAACACAUAGAUCAUUUUUACAAAGAGACCAACCACGGGGACCAAAUGUGUGUGGCUCAAGAUUUCGACGAGUGUGUUGUUCGGGCUGGUUAAGACCUCGGGGAAGUCGUCACUGCAAUAUUCAACUUAAUCUUAAAACAAACGAUGUCCAAAGACCAGACAUGCAAAAUAGCUCCUCAAGUCACAUGCUAAUUAGCUAUAGACAGAGAUCUUCAAAAUGCUCUGGAGGUUGUAAUGGUGGAAGGUGUAUGAAACCAAAUCUCUGUUUUUGUCCAAACAGACAAAUAUCAAGAACAUGUAGUUCUAGAGACAAAUCAACUGUUAAAUGUACUCAAGGCUGUGAAAAUGGAGGGCGAUGUACUGGUGCAGAGCGAUGUUCUUGUCCGUAUGGUUUUUCAGGAAAUCGAUGUGAACAAGAUUAUCGAACUGGACCCUGCUUCACCCAGAUCUCUAAUAAUAUGUGUCGUGGACAACUCACUGGUGUUGUUUGUACUAAGAUUCUAUGUUGUUCUACUAUUGGUAUUGCCUGGGGUCAACCCUGUGAACAAUGUCCUGCUCAACGUCAUCCAUGUAGACGAGGUUACAUUCCAAAUCCACAGACCAAUUCUUGUCAAGAUGUGAAUGAAUGUGAAGCUAUACCUGGACUCUGUGUUGGUGGUAACUGUGUUAAUACUCAAGGAUCUUAUAGAUGUGGUUGUAAAGAAGGUCAGAUCCAGAAUCCUGUCACUCAAGUUUGUGAAGAUAUAAAUGAGUGUCGACUGAAUCCUGGUAUAUGUAGAGUAGGAACCUGUACCAACACCGAAGGAAGUUAUUUCUGUACCUGCCCACCAGGAUUUGAAACAUCACCAGAUAGAUCUCGCUGUACCAGUAUUCGAAGAGGAUUUUGUUAUAGAAGUGUAGUCGGUAGUAAUUGUCGAAAUAGAAUACAGGAACAAACUUCACUAAAAGACUGUUGUUGUACAAUUGGAAAAGGAUGGGGUCAAGGUCAAGUUUGUCAACCUUGUCCAUUAAAGGGUCAAGAUAUAGAUAUGGAAGAGGUAAAUCCCAAUGUACUUCGUCUUGGCUGUAUUUCUCUCAUCAACGUGAAUUGGAAAGAUGCUUGGGAAAGAUUAUGUAGGAGUACAGAACCACUAACAGAGUUUGUAGAUGAAUGUUCUAUAUUUGAUAAACUAUGUCAGAAUGGAAGAUGUAUAGAUACACCCGAUUCUUUCCGCUGUGAAUGUAAUCCUGGUUUUAAAAGUAAUGCUGCUGGAAAUUGUAUCGAUAUAGAUGAAUGUCUACUACCGGGAACCUGUAACAAUGGUCGCUGUGUAAAUACACCUGGGAGUUUUACCUGUCGAUGUCCAGACGGUUUUACUUUGGACAAAUCUGGAUUAUUCUGUUCAGAUAUGGAUGAAUGUAAAAAAGAUGGAAUGUGUCCCAAUGGUAUAUGUAUUAAUAUGGACGGAAGUUAUAAAUGUCAAUGUAAACCUGGAUAUAGACAGUCGUCUAACAGACAAAUUUGUUAUGAUCUGAAUGAAUGUACAGAAAAUGGUAGAUUAUGUGUCAAUGGUGAAUGUAGAAAUACAGAGGGUAGUUAUUACUGUGAAUGUAACCCAGGUUAUAAACUCUCACCAGACGGCGCCUUCUGUUCAGAUUAUGAUGAAUGUAGAACAACUGGAAUGUGUACCAAUGGAAUGUGUAUUAAUAUGGAUGGAAGUUUUAAAUGUAUCUGUAAAGUGGGAUUUACUUUAGCUCCUGGUGGAGAAGUUUGUAUCGAUAUUAACGAAUGCAUUGUAAACAGAGAUAGUUGUGUCAAUGGACAAUGUAUUAAUAAUCAAGGUAGUUUCAGAUGUGACUGUGCUGAUGGGUUUACAUUAGGUCCAGACGGUAGAACCUGUCUUGACACCAAAAGAGACUUCUGUUUCCCGGAAAUAAGAAGUGGGCGAUGUGUUAACCCCGUGGAAGCUACUGUAACCAAGUCAGUAUGUUGUUGUAGUAUGGUCAGGCCUGGAGUAGCAUGGGGUUUAGCAUGUGACCGAUGUCCAAGUAUGAACGAUCCGGACUAUAAACUAUUGUGUCCUAAUGGUAACGGUAUGGACCAUGAUGGAAAAGAUAUAAACGAAUGUAUCAUGUUCCCUGGUAUUUGUGAAAAUGGUAAUUGUGAAAAUGUGAAAGGAGAUUAUCGAUGCAUUUGUAACAAUGGUUACGAAAUAACCAGAGGAGGCAAGAAAUGUCGAGAUAUCAAUGAAUGUGAGAGAGACAGGAGUAUAUGUGACGGUGGUAAAUGUAGAAAUACACCAGGAAGUUAUAGAUGUAUCUGUCCUCCUGGUUUAAUCUUUGAUUCUACAUCAAGAAUGUGUGUAGAUGUAAAUGAAUGUCGUGAAAAUCCGUGUAUAAAGGGUCAAUGUAUAAAUGUAGCUGGAAGUUUUAAAUGUAAAUGUUUAACACCUGGUACUAUUUUGGACCCCACAGGAAGAAUUUGUCUGGAUAACAAACGAGGAGCGUGUUGGAGAACUAUUAAAAAUGGUGUAUGUGAAGAUAACAUAGAAUCUAUGUUAUUAAAAGGAGAAUGUUGUGGUAGUAUUGGUAAAGCAUGGGGUAGUCCUUGUGUACCAUGUCCAACACAAUCUGAACUGGCCUGUCCUAGAGGUUACGCUAAUCGACUUGGAUUGAAUUGUGUUGAUAUAAACGAAUGUGAACUGUUCCCUGGUAUCUGUGAAGGUGGUGGAACAUGUGUUAAUUUAGAAGGAUCAUUUAAAUGUACAUGUGAUUUUGGUUUAACUUUAGAUCCAACUGGACUGCGAUGUGUUGAUAUGAGAAGGGAUCGCUGCUAUCAAGAUUAUAACAGAGGAUUUUGUGUUCGACCAUUAAUGGGAGCUUACUUACGAAGUGAUUGUUGCUGUAGUAUUGGUGGAGCCUGGGGUGAUCCAUGCGAACCAUGUCCGACAAGACAAACUGAUGCCUAUGAGAAACUAUGUUCUAUGAUACCAGGCCGGGAAGGUACUAUCCCAGGAGUAGAAAUAAAUGAGUGUAUGAUGUUUCCUGGGUUAUGUAUGAAUGGACGAUGUAGAGAUACAAUUGGAAGUUUCCAGUGUACCUGCGACUCGGGCUUCGCUUUAGAUGACAUGGGUACCAACUGUACAGAUAUUGAUGAAUGUAGAAUAUCUUUAACCGGUGUAUGUGCUAAUGGUCAAUGUGAGAACACAUUGGGAGGAUUUAGAUGUAUUUGUGAUCCUGGAUAUGAAGGGGUUAUGAUGGAUACUAUGUGCAUGGAUAUCAACGAGUGUGACCAAGAUUCUACAUUAUGUCGUGGUGGUGCAUGUGUUAAUACUCCUGGUAGUUAUAGAUGUGAUUGUCCAGACGGUCAUCAGUUAAGUGAAGAUGGAUUAUCUUGUACAGAUGUAGAUGAGUGUGGAACUGACAGCAGUAUAUGUUCUAACGGACAUUGUGUCAACUUUAUGGGAGGUUACCAAUGUAUUUGUAGUCAAGGAUUUGUUCCAAAUGAACUAAAAACUACAUGUAUAGAUGCUGAUGAGUGUAGAGAUAGAAAUGGUGGUUGUGCUGAUAGAUGUAUCAAUACACCAGGAAGUUUUAAUUGUGCUUGUGAAAAUGGUUACACCUUGAUGAUAGACGGUAGAACAUGUAUUGAAUGGUCUCCGGUACGAUCUUGUCCAGUACCAAGUCGGAUACCGGAUAGGCGGAUAAUUAGAAAUAUUAGCGUUGUGGAAAGGGAUACAGGGGUGAUAUACCUAGUGGCGUCAGGAUAUCCGAUAGUGACAGGCUUUGUAUUUUUCCACUCUGUAGAUAUUGACGAAUGUAAAGAUAGAGAUACCUGUAAAGGCGGUAAAUGUAUCAACCAACCAGGAACUUAUAGAUGUUCUUGUGAUGGUGGAUUAACAAUGUCUAUUGAUCAACAACAGUGUCUAGAUAUUGAUGAAUGCUUCUUGAACAGAAACCUGUGUUUAAGUGGAUACUGUCAGAAUACCCAUGGAUCUUUUAUUUGUAAAUGUGAGAAUGGUUUUGGUGUAGAUGGCAAAGAUAAUAAUGCUGGUUGCACAGAUAUUGAUGAAUGUGUAACGGGAGAAUCGGCUUGUGAUGAGAAUUCUAGAUGUAUCAAUACUAAAGGUUCCUAUAAGUGUGAUUGUUUACCGGGUUUUACUGGUGAUGGUUAUACUUGUAGAGAUAUAAACGAAUGUGUGCGAGAUAAUGGUGGUUGUAAUAGAGAUGCUACAUGUGUCAAUGGUCCUGGUAGUUUCAGAUGUGUCUGUGAUGAUGGAUUCAAUGGUGAUGGAUUUGAAUGUAGAGAUGUUGAUGAAUGUUCUGUGGAUCCAAACUUAUGUGAAAACGGACAGUGUAUGAAUUUCCCAGGUCUAUUUAGAUGUGAAUGUGAUAUGGGAUUUGCUCCCACUGAAGAUGAAAGAGCUUGUGUUGAUAUAAAUGAAUGCGACAUGUUCCAUAAUUUAUGUGUAAAUGGACGAUGUGAAAAUGUAUUUGGUAUGUUCAGAUGUAUAUGUAAUCAAGGUUAUCAGUUAGAUUUUACUGGAGGCAACUGCACAGAUAUUGAUGAAUGUUUGAAUCCGGACAAUUGUCAAUAUGGUACCUGUAUUAAUAGACGAGGAAGCUAUGUUUGUCAAUGUUCAGCUAAUUACGAACUGAAUCCAACUGGUACUGGGUGUGUCGAUAAGAGAAGAGGAACAUGUUACAUGACAGCACCUUUCUCAACCCGUGGUAGACUAGGUGUUUGUCGAGAUGAGAUAGCUAGUAACGUAGCUAGAGCCACGUGUUGUUGUUCUGUGGGACGAGGUUGGGGUGAUGUUCCUGGUUUCUGCGAAGACUGUCCUCGUAAUGGAACAAGUGAAUACAAUUCAUUGUGCCCUGGAGGUCCAGGCUUCCGACCAAAUACUCUCACCUUGGUGCUAGAAGAUAUCAAUGAAUGUGAAGAAAUAGAUGAUCUAUGUAAAGGUGGCGAUUGUCAGAAUAUGUUUGGAAGUUAUAUAUGUGUUUGUCCCCCUGGCUACCAUCUUGAUGGCACUAUGCACAAAUGUGUCGAUAUUGACGAAUGUCAAGUUGAUGCCGCAUUGUGUGGUCGAGGAACCUGCAUAAAUAGAGAAGGAAACUAUACUUGUAUCUGUCCAGAAGGUUAUAUGCCAAUGGACGGUGGAAGAGAUUGUAUGGAUAUGAGAAAAGAAGGAUGUUUUAUGGAAUAUUUGAAUACUACAAGAAGACCUUAUCGUACCAUCUGUGAAAAUCAAAUAUCCAGCAAUUUAACCAAACGACAAUGUUGCUGUACAGUUGGUGCUGCCUGGGGUAACAGAUGUGAAAUAUGCCCACGAGAACGAUCCUUACAAUACAAAGUAUUAUGCGAGAGUGGGGCUCCAGACAUUAAAGGUGAUGUCAAUGAAUGCGAACUGAUACCUAAUCUCUGUGAAAAUGGACGAUGUAUCAACACAAUUGGAAGCUUUAGAUGUGAAUGUUAUAGAGGAUUUAAUUAUAAUGCUAACCUACAUAUUUGUGAAGAUGAAAAUGAGUGUCGACGAUCGUUACCACCAUGUAUGGGUAAUUCUGUCUGUACCAAUACACCAGGCAGUUAUCAAUGUUCUUGUCCUGAUGGUUAUAAAUUAACAUCUGAUAGACGACGGUGCCAAGAUAUAAAUGAAUGUGAAGAAUUACCUGGUGUUUGUGCUAAUGGAAAUUGUCUCAAUUUGAUCGGAAGUUUUAGUUGUAUCUGUAGAGAUGGCUUUAGAUUGUCACCAAAACGUGACUCUUGUAUCGAUGUUAAUGAGUGUACGUCUAGACCUGGUAUGUGUAGAAAUGGAACAUGUAAAAAUAAAAUGGGAGACUACGUGUGUCUGUGUGAUCCUGGUUUUGAACGAACCUCUCGCGGAGAUUGUGUAGAUAUUGAUGAAUGUAGGACUAUGUUGGGUAUAUGUCUUAAUGGUAGAUGUGCCAACAAAAUCGGUUCAUUUACUUGUAUGUGUCAAGAAGGCUAUGUAUUAUCUAAUGAUGGACUAAACUGUAGAGAUAUUGAUGAAUGUUCUACAAGAAGGGGUAUUUGUCGACAUGGUACUUGUCAGAAUUCGGAAGGAAGUUUCUUCUGUACAUGUUUUGAUGGUUAUAAAUUAGACAGAUCUCGAGAUAGAUGUAUCGGUAAUGUACCUCCUCCAAAUGUUGAUGAAUGUCGAGUGAUACCUGGGCUAUGUUUCAAUGGUAGAUGUCAGAAUACUGCUGGAAGUUUUAGGUGUAUGUGUCCUGCUGGAUUUGUUUUAACAACUGAUGGUCGAGAAUGUCGAGAUAUGAGAAAAGGCAACUGUUACCGCCGGUUUGAGAAUGGUAGAUGUUUAGAACCGCGACCAGUAAAUACAACCAGAGAUCAGUGUUGUUGUACAAAAGGAGAAGCUUGGGGAGGCUACAAUUGUGAAAUCUGUCCAUCCGAAGGGGAUCCUGGAUUUAGACAUCUAUGCCCUGAAGGUUAUGGUUAUGUUAAGAUCAUGCCGGGAGAAAUAAUGAGUGAUGUAAAUGAAUGUUUGAUUCAUCGUGGUAUAUGUGAAGAUGGUGUUUGUGUCAAUACUGAUGGCUCUUUCCGCUGUGAAUGUAGACCAGGUUAUACUCUGGACAUCACUGGUACCAAAUGUGUCGAUGCCAACGAAUGUAUAGAUCGUAAUAUGUGUGGAAAUGGAACAUGUACCAAUAUGAUUGGGGGUUUUGAAUGUGACUGUAGGCCAGGAUUCACUCCAGGAACGUCAGGGAAAUGUGAAGAUGUCAAUGAAUGUGUAACAUCAGCAAACCAAUGUGCUUUCAGAUGUGUCAAUAUACCCGGAUCUUUUAAAUGUGUAUGUCCAAUGGGAUAUAAAAUUGCAGCUGACAAUAUUCACUGUGAAGAUGUAGACGAAUGUUUGACGAGAACCAAUAGAUGUAAAUAUGCCUGUAAGAAUAUUAUGGGUUCUUUCCUGUGUGUCUGUCCUGAAGGCUAUCGUUCUGUAGGAGCAGACGAGUGUCAAGAUAUUGAUGAAUGUAGAGCUACACCAGGUUUAUGUACCAAUGGUCGAUGUAGAAAUACACAAGGUGGCUAUCGGUGUGAUUGUAAUAGAGGUUACGACCUCAGUCCAGAUGGAAAACGAUGUUUUGAUGGUAGAUCAGGAUAUUGCUAUCCCACACUGCUCAAUAAUAGAUGUGAGAGAACCAGGACCUCUCAGAUAGCUACUAAAUCAGAAUGUUGUUGUGGACUUGCUGCUGCCUGGGGACCACGUUGUGAACGAUGUCCUAGAAUGGGAACAGUUGGUUUUAAACAGUUAUGUCCGAGUGGUCCAGGUUUUACUCCAGAUGGAAAAGAUAUUGAUGAAUGUAUUGGUAUGCCUGGUGCCUGUACUAACGGUAGAUGUUUUAACACUAUGGGAUCAUAUCGAUGUGUUUGUAAUCCUGGUUACAAAGCUGACCCAUCUGGAAAGAUGUGCACAGAUAUUGAUGAGUGUGCUCUUGUGCCACCUAAAUGUGAUGGUAACUGUAGGAACACUAUUGGAAGUUUUAUAUGCUCAUGUGAAAAGGGAUACUCACUGUCGAUUGAUGGACAUACAUGUCAAGAUGUCGAUGAAUGUCUGAUGAAUCUACACAAUUGCCGCAAUGUUAAAUGUAUAAACACAGUGGGUGGGUUUGAUUGUGAAUGUCCAGAAGGAUAUCGACGUGGUUCAACUGGAAACUGUGAAGAUAUCGAUGAAUGUUUUGAGAAGGUCGAUCUAUGUUCCCCAGGAACAUGCCGUAAUACCCCUGGUGGUUUUAAAUGCAUUUGUCCUAGAGGCUAUAGGCUAGACAAGACAGGACAAAAAUGUUUAGAUCUAGAUGAAUGUGUUUAUGAUCUAGAUGAAUGUGUUUAUGAUGAAAAUGAAUGUGCUGAUGAAUAUCUGUGUGGAUUUGCUAUCUGUAUCAAUUUACCAGGUUCAUUUGAUUGUGAAUGUUCUGGUAGUGGGGUUUAUGAUUUUGAGCAUGGAUCGUGUGAAAAUGUAAAUGCUUGUGGUGGAAGUCCAUGUCUAUUUACAUGUUCAGCAUCUCUUAAUGGAUUCCAGUGUGGUUGUCCUUCUGGAUUCCAACCCAUGGGUCCUGGACACUGUAUAUCAACUAUAACGCCACCCGUAGGAGGUGGAAUACCCACCUAUCCCGGCGGUGUACAGUUACCCCAUGUACCUGCACCCGAAGGAAAACUACCCGGGGGUGAAGGAUGUUAUCAUUGUGAUAAAGAUUUUGGUGAUAUACCACUGUCUAAAAGGAAUAGAAGAAGUACUGAAGAAGAAGAUGACGAUCUCAAUAUGUUAAUCAAUAAACACUAUAUCAAACAGAGAGCCGAGAAAUACUCCAGAACUAAACGAGAUACGCUGAAAAGAGAACAUUUAAAGAGACACAGAGAAAUGUCUGGAAAUACCACUAGACAAGCAACACCGAUUCACUCACAGAAUUCAACCGAAGGACCAUUAGAAUUGAUUAUAGAUCGAAAACAAACGAGACCUAAAGCCCGAGUACUUAAAGUAUUACCGUCGCUCACUGCCUUAAAUAAUAAUGUUAGAUACAAGAUAAUUAAAGGCAAUGUAGAUGGUUUAUUUUCCAUGCAUAAAAAGAAGGGAAUAAGUUCUCUUCACUUUACAAGACGCCUUCACAAGUCGACAGUAUUCAAUUUAGAUAUAUUAUGUAGCCCCAUAAUCAGCGACUUGGAUAUCGAUGAAACUUUCGUGCAUUUACAAUCAUUUGUUAUUCAUUUAAAAAUUCGUGUUCAAUAAGUGCCUUUUUAAUAACCGAUGAUAUUUAAAAAGAUAGGGCAGAAUAAUGAUAUUUUACUAAAUUUACGAAUUCUUUCAAUUAUUAUUUUAAAGAAUUACUAAAAGACCUGGAUCCAUUCAAACCAACCGGAAGCCAUAUAACUGAUUUCCGGUUUGAUGAAUCCCUGGAAGCGAUUGGCUCUUAUAUCCUUCUAUCCGGCUUACAAUGUGGGAUUUCUUUGAACAGAAUCUUUCUUUGUGUUUCAUAGUUAUUGUUGUUUUUUCUCUCAGAAUUUAAUUACUUUUGAAUCUUUACAGCUUAUAACGGAAGCCAUUGUAUAAAUUUGUAUCAUUGUUUUUUAUCCCAAUUUUAGCAUAUAGUGCUAUGAUUUUUUUUCAAUACCCAUAUAUAUAUGUAAUGUUUGUAAUGUUUAGUAUUUUUAUGCUGGAGAACCCAUUGAGUCGCAAUACACGUCCUAAUGUCUCGUUAAUUCGUUAAUACUGGGACGCGGCAGUUCAGAUUUGAUCAACCUGGUGCGAUAAAGAUUUGGUCAGAUCGACCUGGCAGAAUAGUCGGACUUUAGCGACUGACGUCAUUACGAAAACUCCGACUAAUUGUUGGAUUAAGUUGACCCACAUGGUGUAUUAUUAUGUGCCUUUUAUAAACCUGAUUCUUUUAUAUGCUUUUAUUAUACUCUUUUUAUAUCUAUUUAUCAUCUAAUAAACAAUCAUUGUAAUAUAAA